AGCGUGUACGCGCACGCUAUUGCGUGACGACGCGCGCGGUCCCGAGCCCAGCCAGAAAAGGAAGUGCGUAACAGAGCUUUUGACACAGUGCAACGAAGAAGAUGGUUUACGUGUCGAAUGGUCAGGUAUUGAAUAGCCGGACACAGUCGCCUUGGAGACUUUCUUUCUUCUCGGAUUUGUUCUGGGGCAUUGUGGAGUUUGUUGGUUUAUUUUUUCAAUCUCUGUUCCAGCCUGAUUUAUCCAAAAAUGGCAACACAUCCUCGUCUCGCUUUUAUGACGGUCGAGGCCCCCCAGGAUUUCCUGGAGGAAGACGCAGAAUGGGACGAAUAAAUCAUGGUGGAGGCCCAACUCCACCCCCAAUGGCAGGAGGAGGAUGAGGAAGGUAAACACCUGCAUGAUGAUAUGCAGGUGAAGGACACACAUGUUCCAAUCAGCCUCUGUGAAGUUAGACUUUUUGAGAAGUUAUUGUGAACAAGUGUGUCCCCAGGAACUGCUGCUUCUGUUUACCAAGCAGAUUUAUGAUGUUGCGCUGGGAAUACCUGAGUACAGGGGCCAGCGUGAAUGAUGGUGCAGCACAGGAGUUUUCUUUCAUAAAACUUGCUUCAGCAUUUUUGUUCUUUAUGACGGCUGCUUUAAGGGUGCCUAAUGACUUGCCCAUGUACUUUAUAGUAUAUGAAAUUUAACUCAAAACUCUUAAAAAUUGUUUGCAACAAUAGUGUUUGUCUAAAACAAAGCCAAGAAAAUCAGAUCAACCCUUUAAAUGUAUUGUUGUAUAUGUCAACUAUAAUAAGUUUAUAUCUUCAUUUUACUGUAAAGAAUGAUUGAAUACAAUAUAAUUCUUUUGUUACAAAAAUGUUUGUAUAUUUGAGAUAAUUGUUCACUGUCCUCAUUUCACCCUUUCCUUGAAUCUACUCUGUAAAUUAAAUGUUCUAAGUCUAAUGUUCUAAGUUUGUUAAUGCACAGUUCUCCCUGUCUAAUGGAUUUUUUUGGGGGGGGGGGGGGGGAUGUAAUUUUAGAUUUUUCUCCAUUGAUAUGAUUCUGUUGAGUUUAUUUGUGUGUUUGGGUGAUAAUCCUCUAGUCUUAAGAACAAUUGUUAAUUUGAAAUUAUUUCUGGUAUUUGUGGCACAGUCCUAAUGCUAGCCCAAACCCCCCAAUCCACCAGGAAAGUCAGCAAAGGACUAAAAUACGGAAAAUAUUUAGUUUAUAAUGCUGAUUUUUCACUUCUUGGAACAUCAAUAUCUGCAAACUAGAGUUUCUGCUACAGUUCCCUGUACAUUAUUGAGCUUCUUUGGCUAUUCAGCAUUGUACAGAUUGUACUAGGUCCAAAGAAAAAGUCCGAAAGCUCAAUAGUGUGACUUCAUCAGUAAAGCACACAGAUUUUUUUGUUUUCUUAUGUAUAAAUUAUUUACUAUAUUUGCCCAAUAAAUGAUACAUCUUUAAUAUA